AUGUCUACCCGAUUUGCCUAUCUGAAGGGCUGCAAGCGCGGCGUGCUCGAGGAGCUGGCCAGUGAGGCCGACCUUUACACGUCGAAGAAAGAUCACCCCACUAUUGAAAAGCUGGCCAUUGCCCUCCUCGAGCACUUUGAUCUCCAUGAAAACACAUACAAAAGAGACGAGCGCUUCACAGAAAUCUAUAGCCGGCCGACGGGGGGCGCGUUGCCCAAGACCCCUGGAAGGCGCUCGCCGGUUAAACGCUCGCCGGUCAAAAAGGAACCCAGAUCGACGGAGUCGCCUUUGACCUCCAAGACGCCGCGGUCGACGCGUCUCACACGAUCGCAGACUGCAGAGACGGAAGAGAGCGAAUCUACCAGCGAAGAGUCCGAGGUUGAAGCUUCCCUGGCGGUCGAGGUUAAGUCGCCGCCAACUCGACAGGUAAUAGACGAGCCUGCGCUGCCCCCAUCGCCCAAGGACGUGACGGACGCGAUCGACCAGCGAACGCAAGUUGUGCGCAAGAGCAUCUCUGAGAAAUGGGAGGAAUUUAGGGUCGUGGAGCAUGUGCACAGCCUGCGCUCCAAGCUCAGCAGUGUCAAGGCGAUUGAAUCCCUGGUCGUGUACAUCGAGGGGCUUACGCUGCUUUACGAUCUUAUCCCCCUUCGCUACAUGGGUACCUUCCCCGGGGUGCCUCAACUCCAUAUCCCUCAGUACCCCGUCAAGUUCUUCGACAUGUUCGUCAUGCUGGACAGUACCUUCUGGGCCCCCUUCUCGCUGUGGCUUGUGACUAGUGUCUUCUUACCCAUGGCGUUUGCCUAUUUCUUCAACAUCAGCUUGAACGCGGCGCAGACCAGAGACCGUCCGUAUGCCGUGCAGCAGCGGUUGGACUUCGACCCGCUGAUGUUCAACAUCAGCAAGGCGCUGAUCGCCUAUCUGGUAUACGGGACACACUUCACCUUGUUCGGCCUAUUUGGCCACCUAUCUAUUGAGCGCGUCAACAUGGCGGUCCUCGGACAGUGGCCUGGAAUGCUCAUUGGCGCAUCCAUUGGCGUCGUUGGUACCCUCUAUGAAGCCAUCUUGCGAAGGUAA